AUGGGUAGGCCUCAAGAUUGCAAACUUUUUAGCAUUGAUUCUCCUACAAAUUCCAUGGUAACUUUCACCCCAAAUCCUCCUCUCUUUGGAAUUCCAAUAAGCUUUAAUUAUUCUAUCAGCAACUUAAGUACUACAUCAAGAUCUACCGCACUUUUUGUUGGAUUUUUUGGUGACGGUGAUGUUGUUCCCUUCGAUUCGCACGUAAUUCAACUUCAAAGUAACGUAACAGAAUAUAUGUUAACGGAUUUAUAUAUUAAUACGCCGUUACAUUCGACUUCAUAUACGACUAUGCUUGCUUUAGCAGAUGAUGUUAAUGGUUUUAUUGACUGUGUAACUUUCGAAUUUCAAUUUUAA